AUGUGGGCACCAAGAGUAACUGGUAAACUGUGUAAUGAUGUAUCAUGUUUCAUGACAACUGCAAAGGUGGAUGGCGUAGCGGUAGCGGAGAUUGUUCCCGGUGGAGGAGAUGACGAACUCGCGACAAGAUGGAGCUGCAUAUUGGUUCUAUUGGGUUUGUAUAUGAAUGUUGGAGUGAUGGAUUGUAAUACUGGAUUAAAACCAAGAUGGAAGCGUAGCCCUGUUUCUAAGGAUGAGUCAACAACUCUAGCUGAUAUGAAGAGAGUAUGGCUUUCUAAGAAGUUUUCCUACAUUUAUGAAGCUUAUCCUUCCACCAACCUGGCCUUCUUUAUGCAAUCUCUGUAUGCUCAUUGUAUAGGUUACAUGGUUGGUGCUGGUUCUUUAUCAGUCAGACUGGGCAGCCUUUAUUGCCUCUACUGUCUUUAUGAGACUCAACCUUUUAAACCUCCUUUUAAGAUCUAUCUAUCCCUUGGAGAGUUAAAGAAAGUCAGGAUCCUUGUUGCUGAUGCAAAAGUAAAUGCCAUUAACGUGGCACCUGCUGUAGUAAACAGAAUGCUGGAAAGAAACAUGUUCCUUUUUGGCGCUGUUGACUUAGCGGAAGGUGCUGUCACAGAGACAGUACAGCAACUCCAACAAUUGCAGAAUGCCAGUAUUCGAGUGGCAUAUGAAACGUUAUUUAAAAGCACUCCAAUCAAUCACUACAUCCACAUGGACCUUGGCAUGGAAGUAGACCUCAAUAAUCUGAAGAAAAUAUCAUCUGAAUAUGCUGAGGCCAAGCAUGUAGCCGCGAAAGAAGCAAGCAGUAUUUUAGACGCCGAAAAUAUAAAGCGCAUAGCAGGAAAUAAGGAAUUGAUGCUAGGAGAUGUCUUUGAGGAGAUUGCUAAUGAUUGGGUUAUCCAGAAACAAGCAUUUUAUAAACAAACAGGAUUAGAGGAGGAUGAAGCAUAUGAACAAGAGCUGGAGCAGUUACUUCUAGAGCACCGUCAUGAUGAUGAAGAGUCUAAUGAAGAUUGAAAACAAACAUAUGAGUCGUAGUUUCUUAUGUAUAGGGUAUCCAUAAUGCUAAUAGCCUUGUUUGAAUAGUAGAUUAGUUGGGAAUUUCAAAGAAGCUGUGAACUUUUUUUGCGGGGUCGGGGGGCAUUUAAGAUCCUUUAUGAAACAGAACAGAGUAAUUCCACACUAAUUUAACUAUGUUAUCAUUUUAUUUGUACC